AUGAGGCUUCUACACCACGACGAUGGGCGUCCCAACUGGACUCACGUUGGCCUCGUCGGCCUCUUAGUCCUCUUGGCUGUCCGCGCCGUGGGCCUGGUCUUCUACCGCCUCUAUUGGCACCCGCUCGCCAAGCAUCCCGGUCCCAGACUGGCUGCGGCAACCCAAUGGUACGAGACGUACUAUAGCAUCAUCAAGAGCGGCCAGUUCCCGUUCGAGAUCCAACGCAUGCACGAGAAGUACGGGCCCGUGGUCCGCGUCACCCCCGACGAGAUCCAUGUCGACGACCCAACCUUCUACGAGGUCUUGUUCAGCCCCACCGACAUGGUCGACAAGCUGCCCUUCCUGACCGCCGCCGGCAACCUCCCCGGCGUCGUCUCCUUCAGCACCCUCGGCGAGUUCCACCGGCCCCGGCGCCAGGCCGUGUCCCCCUUCUUCACCCGCGCAAAAGUGCUCGACAACUUCGCCUCCAUGAAGGGCGCCAUCAGGUCCGUCGCCAACAGGUUCUCGCACCGCCUGAGCACCGAGUUCGCGGGCAAGAACAUCACGGUCAAUAUCCGCCACAUGCUCGCCUCCAUCGCCACCGACAUGAUCUGGGAGAUUGUCUUCUGCCAGCCGUCGCACUUCAUCGACGCCCCGGAUUUCGGCCACCCGUUCCCCAUGUCGUUCGAGGGCGCGCUGGGUACCACGCACUGGAACUCGCACUUCCCGUGGCUCAUGAAGAUGCUCGGCCUCUUGCCGGAGUCCCUGAUAGUCUGGGCUUGGCCUACCAUGCGGUCCAACAUCGAGUGGCGGGCCGCGAUCAAGGCGCAAGUUGACAAGAUCAUCGACCCGAGAAACAAGGACGCCUUCGACAACAGCCCGGACAGGACCCUGGUCCACCAGCUGACCGACCCCAAAAUACCGGCGGACGUGCGGCAGACCGAGAGAGUCAUCCUCGAGAACAUCAACAUCGUCGGCGCCAGCAUGGGCGCUGUUGUGUGGACCAUGACCACGGGCAUGUACCACAUCCUGGCGGAACCCACCAUUCUGAAGCGCCUGCAACAGGAACUAAAGGACGCGAUCCCGGACGACAGCCAUGAUCUGCCCGACCUGCGCGAGCUCGAGAAGCUCGAGUACCUGAGGGCGUGUAUUGACGAGUCCCUCCGCCUCGCCUUCGGCCCCAUGCAGCGCCUCACACGCAUCCGCCCGAACAAGGCCUUGACCUACGGCGACUACGUCUUCGAUGCCAAGACUCCGCUCGCCAUGGACGUAUGGCAUAUGCACACCAACGAGGCCCUGUUCCCCGAGCCCAUGCGCUUCAACCCGGACCGAUGGCUGGGACAGCCCACCGUCGACGAAGGCGCUGACCCUCUGGUCCCUGGCGGAGUCAAGCCGCAAAAGACCAGACCGCUGAGCUACUACAUGAGGGCCUUUUCGGGCGGCACGAGAGGUUGCUUUGGAGAUCAUCUCAGUAGGGGGGUUAUAACUAUUACCUUCGCGACUCUGUUCCGCCGACAUGAGAUGCACCUGCAUCAUAGCACAAGCUUUGAGCGGGAUGUGAAGGUCCACAUGGACAAGUUCUUGGCGCGCCCGAAAAAAGACUCCAAAGGUGUUUUCAUCGUGGUUGACAAAUGA